CAGCGUAUAGUUGUACACGGUGCCAGCCACUAUAUACCGUGCCAUCGACGAUCGUCCGGCUCGGCUGCGUUUAAGCACGAAGUCAGACGUACGCGCACGGUCCCCGGGCUCUGCACCCGGCGGUCGACUACUGGCAGCAACACCCCCACAAAGUCGCGUCACUGUGCGUUCACCGGCCCCUGUGCGCACAACACACGCACGUUUCGUACACCCACGCACACGCGCGGGCGAGAGUACCUAAUAUAUCAUAAUAUUGUGUGUACAUAUAUACAUACGAGUCCGCUCACACCCGUCGCACGUAACCAUAUCCUCCGCCUUUUUUUUUUUUUUUUUUCACGAAGGCAUAAUACAUCCCUGUGGAGCUGUAGCAGUAUACGCGCACUGCACACCGCCGGGCGACUCCGUCAGAGACGCACGUCGCCGUCGCUGCCGCCGCAACCGCCAACCCCCACCUGCCGUCGCUGUUUAAACAUUCAAUGCUUUUGAAUAAAAGUAAUCAUUAAUAGUAUGCAGACUACAGAAUCAUUUCAAAAAGUGAAUUAUUAGACCGGACAACUUCAGUUUAGAUUUAGGUGCUAUAUGGUCUUGGUGAGAGGAAUGUUUGAAGAAUGGCUCAAACGAUGUCGCGAAUCCCGCCAACUCGUAGUGGUGAUCGUAGCUAUAGCUUUACUCCUGGACAAUAUGCUUCUUACUACUGUGGUCCCGAUAAUACCGGAGUUCCUUUACGACAUCCAGCACCCCGAUCAACCACUAACUGCUACCUUUUCAUCAAUCCCGCCGAAUGAAUAUCCAGUGCCACAUGGAGCCAUGACAGGUAAUUUAACGAACGGAACAGUGCCGACCUGGGAACAACGAGAAGCGACUCUCAAAAAGGAAAGGCACGACGAUCUGGUUCACGAAACGGUUGCAGUUGGUAUGAUGUUUGCGUCCAAAGCAGUCGUGCAGCUAAUGGUUAACCCCAUUGUCGGACCUCUCACCCACAGAAUCGGCUAUAGCAUACCAAUGUUCACCGGAUUUUUCAUCAUGUUCAUAUCGACCAUAAUAUUUGCUUUCGGACGGAGUUACGGGGUAUUGUUUUUGGCUAGAGCAUUACAAGGGAUCGGAUCAUCUUGUUCGACUGUUUCUGGAAUGGGAAUGUUAGCUGAACGGUACCCGGACGAUAAAGAACGAGGAAACGCAAUGGGUAUUGCGUUGGGUGGAUUAGCUUUGGGCGUGUUAAUCGGUCCACCGUUUGGCGGAAUUAUGUACGAGUUUGUGGGGAAAACUGCUCCGUUUUUAAUACUCUCGGCCUUGGCACUAGGAGACGGAUUGCUACAACUACUGCUUUUACAACCAGGAGUAGUCACAACUGAUGCCGAUCCCCCUUCCUUAAAAUCUUUGGUGAUGGACCCCUAUAUAAUAAUAGCUGCAGGCGCUAUUACUUUUGCUAAUACGGGAAUCGCAAUGCUUGAGCCUUCUUUACCUAUAUGGAUGAUGGACACUAUGGGUGCUGGCAGAUGGAAACAGGGAGUAACAUUUUUGCCGGCGAGUAUUUCUUAUUUGAUCGGAACAAAUUUGUUUGGACCUCUCGGACACCGUAUGGGAAGAUGGUUAGCUGCAAUGAUUGGAUUAAUCGUCAUUGGGAUUUGUUUGAUGAUAAUACCAACGGCGAGAGACAUAAAUCACUUGAUCGUACCGAACGCUGGUCUGGGUUUUGCUAUUGGUAUGGUGGAUUCGUCAAUGAUGCCCGAGCUUGGCUAUUUGGUUGAUAUACGUCAUACAGCUGUAUAUGGUAGUGUUUAUGCGAUUGGAGACGUGGCGUUUUGUCUGGGUUAUACAAUCGGACCGGCUUUAAGCGGAACAUUGGUGAACACAAUUGGAUUUGAAUGGAUGUUAUUUGGAACGGCUAUGUUGAAUUUUUUGUACGCGCCACUUCUCUACUUCCUGCGCAGCCCACCGACAAAAGAAGAAAAAAAAUCUUUGGUCACCGGAGAAAAAUCAUCGGUGCGUUAUAUAACCUAUCAAAACGAAGCGGAAGAAGAAUAAUGUGCAUUUUUAGCUUCGUGAUAUAUAACUAACGCUUGAUAAAUUACGCUUUUUCAUUUUUUUUCUCGGCAAACAUACUUUAAUAAUUGAGAUCACAGCGGCGUCAUCAGCACGUCACCACAACAAAUAUUAUACAAUACAUACUAUACUACAGUUCAUAGUUAUGAUAACUUAAAACAUAAAACACUUUAUAGAUCAAAGAUUUACAAUUCGGUGGUCUAAUUCGAAAAGAUAUUAAUCACAAAAAGUAAUCACAUUAUACUUAGGCAUAUAUAGCUGCUUUAUCUAUAUAAUAUACAUAAUUAUAUAUAUACCUAUUCAUGAUCGAAUUGGGCCACCGAUACAACUAGACCACAAUUGAUCUUGCCUGUACGUGAAUGCAAAAAAAAAAAAUACCAAAAC